AUGCGAAACAUUAAUGAAGUUGUUCUAUUCGAUGAAGAAGACGUUAAGCAAAGUAGAACAAUUCGAGUUGAACUGGAUGAGAUAUUAGAAUCGAUUCAAAUACAUUGGAGACAAGUAGCGGAUCCAGACUUUAUGAAAGUUUUUCCAGAUCUUGAUGAACUAUUAAAAGCAAUUAGUGAAUUCUAUGGAAAAAGUGAAAGCAUUCUCGAACUAUUCUAUAAAGUUAUACGAAAUACGGGUGCAGACAAAGAAACUGCUCACAGACUGGCCAAGUUGAUGGUACGAGCUUUUCCUGUAGCUGAACCAAAAGAAGAUUCUACAGAAAGCGAUAUCGAAAAUCGUGGUGGCAUUACAUUAACUGUUCAAGUGAUUAAAGCCGCAUUAGAUAAAUAUUGGAACGAUAUUCCCGAAUGGAUUCAAGAUGAUUUAAAUUUGGAUGAUGUUAAAAAGGGCGUGGACAAAUAUGUUGCAAUCAGUGAUACGAUCGAGGACAUGUUUUAUCAGAUCGCUAAGGAGCAAGGUGCUAAUGAUAUUGCGGCUAAAGCAAUAGCAAAAGUGCUCAUGGCUCUUUUACCGUGA